AUGUGGAAGAUAACGAACGAACAUAUGAUCGCAGCGAUGCUGAGAUCCCAGCCUGAGCAGGUUGAGGAGACACCUGAUGUCACGAGUACCCAGUCUGCACACGCUGGUUUGGAGGUCAACACCUCGCCACAGGUUGACCCUUCUUGGGAAAUCAUUGUGCCAGGACAGGACUUGGAUGACGAUAACCUCGACGACGACGGUCAACCACAGCCCGAUAGUCUUGAUAAAGCCGAGGUUGUCGGGUCACUUGAAGACAUAGACAAUUCUGCCGCCGCCUGUAAGAUGCCCAAGAGACGCCAGACCUUCAAUGAAAUAGAUCGUCAAGAAACAAGCCGAACUCGCAAUAUCGGCGCUUGCCUCCGCUGUAAGAUGCAGCGCAUCCGUUGCAAGGAAAACCCAAAUGACCCAGAAGGCCCUUGUCUCACUUGCGCGAUGGUUUCGAAGACAUCUAAGAAGGUGAUUCAUCGCGUGAGUUGCGUUCGCUACAAGCUGCAAGAGAUAACUCUAUAUCGAACGAGCGGUCUUGGCAUCACCAAGCGAUGGGAGGGUGUGACCAUGCGAGAUGUCGAUUUCACCGAUGCUCCCGAACUUGAUAUUCGCUUCAUUCAAAUGGACCAGGGACUCUGCAGCGAGCCCAUGGCAUUCAGGGUCAGAAGGUUUGUACCUCAGCCAGGGGAUGUGCUGUACCGGAAAUGGCUUGACAAGAACGACCAAAUUCAUAAGAUGGUUGAAUUAGCACCCUAUGCUCUCGCUGACAUCCACGAGACGAAGGACAUAUUUGUCAAGUACAUAGACAACCAUGCAUUCGAGUGUCUGCAUCGAUUCGUCAGCAAUAGUCAUACUGAGACUCUGGGAAAUGCCCAAGAUGUCAUUCGGGACACGUACACCAUGGCUUUGAGCCAUUUUCAGUCACUUGGGGAUAACCCGCAGCAUAAUGACGAGAAACUAUUCUUGGCCAACUUGUUUAGGUUCUGGUUCGCCUUGCGUGAGUUCGACUCAGCCUCGGUCCAUUUUCUCAACUAA